AUGGACACUUUUAUUGCAGCAUUGCUACUGAACGUUGCUAUUUAUGCCACAGCUAUUUACCCAAAACUCCUGAUUGACUUUUUAUCUGAAAAACAAAUCAUAUCAUAUUCAGCAUGUCUCUUUCAGUUUUUCAUAAUUUAUUCUCUAGGUUGUUCAGAGUUUGUUCUCUUGGCAGCCAUUGCCUAUGACAGAUAUAUGGCUAUAUGCAAACCUCUACAAUAUCCAACCAUCAUGAGAAAAAGCACUGUGAGUAUUUUCCUGGUCAUAGCUUGGCUUGUACGUAUUGCAGUCCAAGAAAUAGGAAUGGCUAAAAGUAAACUGUGUUCCUUUCAUUGAAAAUCAAUAUUUUGUAACAAUACAAUUUACACUCUUCAGUGUGUAAGAUCAAGGUUAGUUACUGUAUUUGGUAUAAUUUGUUAUUUUGAUUUUGUGAUACUUCCUCGUCUUUUUAUAGUUUUCACAUACACAAAGAUAUUUAUAGUCUCUUAUCACAGUCGUAAAGAAAUCAAGAAAAAAGCUGCAGAGACCUGUUUACCCCACAUACUGGUUUUAAUGAGCUUUUCCUGUUUAGGUGUCUAUGAUGUAACCAUAUCUCGAGAGAGGUGA